CUCUGAGCAGGGAGAGUCUGUGGCCCAGGGAGCCUCACAUUGUAAACACUGGCAGGGCGGGCGUGUUGGACUGUUGGGGCCCAGGAAGUGUGUGUGUGUUCUGUGCGGGCUGUGACCUAUGCAGCCACGCUCACGGCUGCCAGACUGUGACCACUGCAUCACUUUUGAGCCAGCAACGCGGACCCAAGGACAGAAGUAGACGUUGAAGGAUGAAGAAAUUCGAGCCGACACACUGGUACUUGGAGAUUGCAGUAGAGCAUGAGGACGUAAAGGACAUGUCAGCAGAAAUGUUACAAGUCUUCAUGCGAGAUGCUGUGUUGAAGAUGUUUGGUGAGAGUGCCGCCAGCUUGCCCAUUGAUGUCCUAGCCUUCCACCCACAUCUCCACCAAGCAGUGAUACGCGUGCCCAGCGAGAAUUACAGUCGAGUGCGAGGGGCCCUGACUGUGAGUGGCAAAGACGGUGCUAUGGGCUUCUCUGUUUGCCGAGCGUCACCUUGCCUCAUAGCACUGGCCGGACCACAACGAACUAUUGCUUGAGCAAUGGCAGCCUACAGACACCUUCUUCGUGAAGUGGCUCAUUUGGGAGAAUGGGAAGACCUGGCCAUCAGGAGGCGAACCCGUAAGUUCAAGACCCGUAGGGAUCCCUUGGAAAUUUACUCUGAAGAGGAGUUCCUCCAACGCUAUCGACUCUCCAAGCAAGCCACCGUGGAUCUCUUGUCAAAAAUCCAGCACCUAUUGCCAAAGUCAGCCAGUAAAAGAGGGCUUGCAAUCCCACCACAUCUUCAGCUGUUGGUAACCCUGCGCUACUAUGUCACUGGGAGUUUGCAGCUUGACAUGGGGGACUGCUGUGAUAUGUCACAGCCCAGUGUUUCUACCUGUGUUAAGACUGUGACCAGUGCAAUCUGCCAGCUAGCAGUGGACUACAUAAAGUUCCCCAGUCCUGCUGAAGAACAGGAUGCCAUGCAACAGUUUGCUCAGAUAUCUGUCAUGCCUGGAGUUAUUGGAUGUGUGGGUGGCAUACACAUCCCUAUCAUAAGUCCAGGCGGACAAGAUGCAGAACUAUACCGCUGCAGGGAAGGCUUCUUUUCAUUGAAUGUGAUGGGUGUAUGUAACUCAUCCAUGCUCUUCACGAAUCUGGUUGUCAACUGGCCGGGUAGUGUUCAUGAUGCCCACAUCUUCAGUGAAUCUGCUUUGUGUGCUGCCCUGGAGAGAGGGCAGUAUAGAGGAUACUUGUUGGGGGAUUCAGAAUACCCAUGUAAAAACUACCUUCUCACUCCCAUUCAAGUUCCUAAAACUGUCAAGGAAGAACAUUACAAUGAGUCUCACAUCAAAACGAGAAAUUUAAUUGAGAAAACAUUUGGAAUUUGGAAGAAAAGGUUUGGUCUCCUUUCAACACCUAUGAGAACAGCACUCUCAACUUCCAAGAAAAUUGUGACAGCAUGUGCCAUCCUGCACAAUAUUGCCAUCCUUAACAAGCUCCCCAUUGACAUGCCGGAGGAAGAACUUGAACAAAACAACAUCAACAUAAUUGCUGGAGAUGAUGGAGGCCCUGGAGAUGCAUGCAGAGCUAUAAUUAUAGAGAGAUUUUUUUAAAUCUUAUUCCUAUGUGUUGUUCAGGUAAUGAAAGUUGAUUUUAACCCGGUAGCAGCGACGGGCCAAAUUUGUGGCUUUACCAUGGAGCAGCGACGGGACAAAUUUGUGGCUUUACCAUGUAGCAGCGACAGGCCAAAUUUGUGCUUUUACAUGUAGCAGCGACGGGCCAAAUUUGUGGCUUUACCAUGGAGCAGCGACGGGACAAAUUUGUGCCAUGAUUUAAACCCAAAAAAAUAGAUGAUGCAUAAACUGAUCACAAAUGCUUUGAUAUAUAUUAUGAAAUGGUUUUUGUGAGGGGUGAUUUUUUCAAAUUUUUCUCGCUUGGAGGGACCAUUAAGAAACAUGAUCCCUGGGGGCUGCUACCGGGUUAAGUAUUGCCUAUACUAUUAAAAGCCACAAAGACAAGAUAGCCCAGAUAAUUGCCUUGAAGGAGGCUGGCCAUGAAACCAAGGAAAAAAGUGAGGUGGUUGAUGUUGCCAAGUCAACAAUUUGGCGUUGGUGUGCUGUACAUCGCAAGGAAAAUAAUGGCAAGCUACCAGAACCUAGUAAAAGCUCUGGUUGUCUCUGGAAGAUGUCUGUUGGGGCUGUGAAUAUGACAGUGUUCUUUGGAGUCUCUUCCAUAUUCACAGCUCUAACAGACAUCUUCCAGGGACAACCAGAGCUUUUACUAGGCUCGGGUAACUUGCCAUUAUUUUCCUUGCGAUGUACAGCACGCCAAUGCUGCACUGUUGACUUGGCAACACCAACCACCUCACUUAAUUCCUUGGUUUCAUGGCCAGCCUCCUUCAAGGUGAUUAUCUGGGCCAUCUUGUCUUUGUGGCUGUUAAUAGUACAGGUAACUCCCGCUUUACACGAGUUUGGUUUUCGUGUUUUUGAAAUAAUGUGGGGUCCAAAAUCCAAAUAAAUGUUUAAUUUACACGUUUUUUUCACUUAUACGCGAUAUUUUAUGGUGUGGCCACCAGAUGUCUCACGCAACUGGACUCACACGGUGCCAUGGCCACACAGCUGAGCUCAGUUCUUCCUGCACGCCACUUGAACAACAAUACAGUACCCACGCUGCCACGCUACUCAACAACAACAACACCCUCGCUGCUGUGCUACCACGAGGGGAAGGGCAGCCAGAGGAGGAACCACAAGAGGAGUCAGAGUGAUACAGUAGGCAAUAAAGGUACAAACCUA